CCCGCCAGGCGCUGGGCGGCCAGAGAAACCCGCCGGACGGGGCUCCCGCUCGCCCAGGCCGCCCCGGGACGCCAUGAGCCGCUACCGCAUCCGCGUGGCCACCGGGGCCUGGCUCUUCUCGGGCUCCUACAACCGCGUGCAGCUGUGGCUGGUCGGGGCGCGCGGGGAGGCGGAGCUGGCGCUGCAGCUGCGGCCGGCGCGGGGCGAGGAGGAGGAGUUUGAUCACGACGUUCCCGAGGACUUGGGGCCACUGCAAUUCGUGAAGCUGCGCAAACACCACUCCCUGGUGGACGACGCGUGGUUCUGCGACCGCAUCACCGUGCGCUGCCCCGGAGCCUGCGAGGAGGUGGCGUUCCCGUGCUACCGCUGGGUGCAGGGCCGAGGUGUCCUGAGCCUGCCCGAGGGUACCGCUCGCCUGCCAGAAGACAAUGCCUUGGACGUGUUCCAGAAGCACCGAGAGAAAGAACUGAAAGAAAGACAGCAGAUCUACUGCUGGGCCACCUGGAAGGAAGGGUUACCCCUGACAAUCGCUGCCAGCUGUAAGGAGGAUCUACCUCCAAAUAUGAGAUUCCACGAGGAGAAGAGGCUGGACUUUGAAUGGACACUGAAGGCAGGGGCUCUGGAGAUUGUCCUCAAACGUGUUUAUACCCUCCUGAGCUCCUGGAACAACCUGGAGGAUUUCGAUCAGAUCUCCUGGGGCCCGCGGAGUACCCUGGCUGAGAGGGUUCAACGGUGCUGGAAGGACGAUGAGGUUUUCGGCUACCAGUUCCUCAAUGGCACCAACCCCAUGCUGCUGAGACGCUCCACGCACCUGCCCUCCCGGCUAGUGCUGCCCUCGGGGACAGAGGAGCUUCGGGUCCAGUUGGAGAAAGAACUCCAGAAUGGUUCCCUAUUUGAGGCUGACUUUAUCCUACUGGAUGGAAUUACAGCCAACGUGAUCCAAGGAGAGAAGCAGUACCUGGCUGCCCCCCUUGUCAUGCUGAAGAUGGAACCCAAUGGAAAGCUGCUACCCAUGGUCAUCCAGCUCCAGCCUCCCACCUCCAGUUCCUCUACGCCACCACUCUUCCUGCCCUCAGAUCCCCCACUUGCCUGGCUCCUGGCAAAGUCCUGGGUACGAAAUUCAGAUUUCCAACUGCACGAGCUCCAGUAUCAUUUGCUGAACACUCAUCUGGUGGCAGAGGUCAUUGCUGUUGCCACCAUGAGGUGCCUGCCAGAACUGCACCCUAUCUUCAAGCUCCUGAUCCCCCACAUCCGCUACACCAUGGAAAUCAACACCCGGGCCCGGACUCAACUCAUCUCACACGGAGGCAUAUUUGAUAAGGCCAUGAGCACAGGUGGCGGAGGCCACGUGGACUUGCUCCGUCGGGCCAUGGCCCAGCUGACCUACCGCUCCCUCUGUCCUCCUGACAAUCUGGCUGACCGGGGCCUGCUGGGCAUCCCGAGUGCCCUCUAUGCCCACGAUGCUCUACGGCUCUGGGAGAUCACUGCCCGGUACGUGGAGGGGAUUGUCCACCUCUUCUACCAAAGGGACGACAUGGUGAGAGGGGACCCCGAGCUGCAGGCCUGGUGUCGGGAGAUCACUGAGGUGGGGCUGUGCCAGGCCCAGGGUCGAGGUUUCCCUGUCUCCUUCCAGUCCCGGGCUCAACUCUGUCGUUUCCUCACCACGUGUGUCUUCACAUGCACUGCCCAGCAUGCAGCCAUAAACCAGGGCCAGCUGGACUGGUAUGCCUGGGUCCCUAAUGCCCCAUGCACAAUGCGGAUGCCCCCACCCACCACCAAGGAAGAUGUGACAAUGGCCACAGUGAUGGGGUCACUACCUGAUGUCCGGCAGGCCUGUCUUCAAAUGACCAUCACAUGGCAUCUGGGCCGGCAGCAGCCAGACAUGGUGGCUCUGGGGCAUCACAAAGAAAAAUAUUUCUCAGGCCCCAAGGCCAAGGCUGUGCUAAACCAAUUCCAAGCAGAUUUGGAAAACUUGGAAAGAGAGAUUACAGCCCGGAAUGAACUACUUGACCUGCCCUAUGAAUACCUAAAGCCUAGCCGCAUAGAAAACAGCGUUACUAUCUGAGCCCUAACCCACCCCUCCUCACCCAAAGACCACAGACCACUUCUAAGACAGUUCCAUCUUGGGUUUCAUGCUUUCUUAAACCUUUGCUGCUAAGGCUCCAUUUCCUCUCCCCACUGAGUCCCUGACAUCAGUAUCCCACUAGCUCAGUGGGGCAGCAAAUUUUUUCUGUAAAGAGACAGAUAAUAAAUAUUUUAGGCUUUGUGAGCCAUGUGGUCUCUGUCACAAUGACUGUAUUCUGCCACUGUAGCAUGAAAGCAGCCACAGACAAGAU